AUGGCCCCAGUUCGAACAAACCAUGACUACUAUGCGAUUCUCGAGGUCGAGCAGACGGCAGACGCUGCGUCGAUUAGAGCCAGCUAUAGGCGCCUUGCAAGAAUCAAACAUCCGGAUAAGAAUCCAACUAAUCCGGAUGCGACAUCUGAAUUCCAGCUGAUUCAAGAAGCAUACUCGAAUUUGUUUGAUGCUGAUGCCCGCCGGGCGUAUGACUUGAGAUACCCAUCUAUUAAGCGGUCUGCCGGACAGACUGAAACUUCUGCUCCAAAGGCAGAGCAAAAUACAGUCCCGACAGCAGGCCCAAGGACAAAUGGUAAUUCAGAUCCUAAGUCUGCUCCAGCAGCGGAGUCAAGGCCAGCGUCGAAGCCAGAUCAUAAAACAGAGGAGAACCCAAGUUAUAGGCCAAAUGCGAAUUCCGAGUCAAAGCCGGAUCCAAAACCAGAUCUAAAACCAGAGCCAAAGCCCGACAUAAAGCAAGACUCAAGGACAAAAAUAAAAAUAGACCUAAAGACCAUCCCAAAGAGACGCCCAGUUAGCCAUGACCCUACUGCCAAAAAACACACGGAAGACUUCAAGGCAACACUGCAGCAACUAAGAGCCAAAAGAGCAAGUCAAAAGGAUGAUUUUCUCAAAGCGAGGAGAAUACUCGGCGGACUGCAGGAUGAAGUGGCACGACUAUCUAAAGAAAUGGAUCAGGCAACGGAAAACCAUGCUUCCAUAGGAAAAAUAAAUAUACAUCGCCUUUCCACGAGGAAAAUUCAAGAGAUUGAAGAACGAAAGGAGCAAGCUCAGCGUACACUGUUUGCCAAGAAGGCUGCCCUCAGAUUUAAACACGACUUUCUAGAGGAACAGGAGGAAAUCGUACGAAGGCGUGAAGCCUCAUACCAGCUUACGGAGAGUGAAAUUAUAAGAGUGAAGAGAGAGAUAAGAAAGGAGCGAGAAGAAGAAGAGAAAGCGAAGAGAAGGGCUGAAGAAGAGCACAAUCGACAGGAAAAUGAUAUGGAGGCAACCCGAUGGGGGACAGACGAUCAGGAGGCAACGGAGGUGAUGAGGCUCUGGCGAAGAAGAGAAGAGGCUGAGGAAGAAGAAAACCGAAGACAUGAAGAGGAAAUCAGGGAGGCCAGACGGAGAUACAAGCGAGAAGCCCCGAGAAAGCGAGAUAUACCUAAGCAGAAUGGAUGUAUGUAUGGAGGCGAAUGGGAGAUGAUUCAAAAGCCGAUGAGAUGUGGUCGAUGCUCGAUGGGGACUCAGCGGGUAGCUUUUUGGUGUCCAUAUUGCGGUAGGGUAUCCUGUGAAGCCUGCCUGAAGUUCCUUAUGGGAGAACGACAUGAUGAAAUUGUUGUAUCAUGA